AUGGUCUAUCUGUACUUGGCCUCCUUUCUUCAUUUCAUCAUUGCUCCACUUCCAUCCCUCGAUGCAUAUUUCAAAUUUGAUAGUCCCUUUUUUAAGAAUGAAUUUAUUGAAUCUAUUUGGACUUGUUAUGGUAGAAGUACAACAGAUUUCUUUUCACUGCACCGACGAUUCAGAGUGAAUCCCUAUUUUAUGAUUCAAUUAUUUCACGAAGUUUCGAAAAAGAUUUGGCGACCUUUCGAAUACAUUCAUGAAACCUUAAUGCCAUUCCAAGGACAUUUUAAAUUUAAACAUGUCAUUAAGGGAGAGCGGACGGGUUUGAAAUUUUAUGAAAUGUGUGACUCGAAAGGAUUUGUGUAUCGUUUGUGGCCUUCUUUACAGGUCACUCCACAAAUUCAUAUAUUGGUAUGGGACAUGGUCUCGUUCUUACCUGAAAUUACUUCUCCUCGUCAUGGUUACAGAAUUUGUUUGGAUUCGGAUUUGGGUCACUACAAAACAGCAGCACUGUUGAAUGCAUGA